GUGUGACUGCAUCUAGGUUAUUACGCAAGGUUAAAUUGAGUUCCUCAGUUAGGUGGUUAACUGAUUUUUGUCUUCUGAMGUCCUUGGGUAUAUCUCCUACAACUUUCACUGUGUACUAUUGUAUGUGGCUAGCUAAGUUAUCUAACUAACUAGAAUGCAUUUCCAUCAGCUGUUUAGAUGUGCCCAUCGUGUGUGGGAGCCAGCUAGGGUUGUGACUGGACUCUUCUCCCAUUGUACCCCGACUUCCGUGAAUACUUUCUCCACUUCCAAUGUAUCUCCAGCUCGUAAGAAAAGCAGUCCAUACAGUUCCAUGGACAGCAGACGCUACUCUACACUUGUCAAGUCAGUUGUGUCCCACUCUUGGAUGUGUGAUCAUAUCCUUCAGCAGACACUGUCCCCGGAACAAAAGUUUUACCUGGAGAGGUGUAGGAGGAAGAUGAUCACUCAACUGGUAGAGGACGGCUUUAAGGAAUACAAUAUGAGUAAGUAGGUGUAAGCAGAACCCUCUGAUUGUAAAAGUAUAUUUAAUUCUCUAAAAUAUGAAUUUGACAUAUAUGAGGACAUGAUACACACAAACAAACAUGUCAGAUCUAUUCAGGCAAGGGAAGCUUUUCUACGUGACCGURGGGAGUGUUUGCCCAUUGACAACAGAGGAGGCCCCAGGGGAAGACACAGCAGAUCCUGGGAAGGCACCAGAGGUUCCAGCAGAGGUAGAGGGGUACAUGGAGAGUAUACACCAUGUGYUGUAGGACGUUAGGGGAGUGAGAGCCAUCGAGAGCCGUGUGCAGCAUGACAAACUAGGCUAUCUUUGAUUUGUUAGGCCGUCAUUGUAAAUAAGAAUUUGUUCUUAACUGACUUGCCUAAUUAAAUAAAGGUUUAAUUAAAAAAUUCUUUCUGUAAGGUGAUGCAAGAAAAAUGUG